AUGUGCAGCCUCAUCGUGGACUGGUCCACCACGAUGAGUAUAAGCACAGAUCGGAUCGGGGCAAAGUUAAAAUUUAUUCAUGUUUCUGUUAUUCAAGUUAGGCAAUCUGUAAAAGUCAGGCGGCAUUGGUAUUGUGGAUGGAAUGGACUACGCCAGGCGACGCAUUCCUCGAAACAGCAACAAUCAACCACAAGCACUGACCGUCUGGAUUGCUGCGAUGUUAUUCACGCUGAAACAGUGACAAAAGCACAAGGACCCGGGGGAAAACCCAUUUCCCCCAUGCUCUUGUGUUUUCUUCUGUUCAUUGGCACUCACUCGUUUAUGCCUGCAGCGAAGACGUACAAUUUCAUCUGUCGUUAUAUUUGA